AUGAGUAGCGCGUGUGCUGCGAGUGAUCAGUGGGAUCAUGCUUUGAUACCAGCAACUUGUGUUCCAGUUCGUAGAAGUGGGGAUGACAACAUCAAGGUCAUACUGAAGCGCCGGUGGUGGAAGUACGUCAUCGUUGCCCUUAUUGACGUAGAGGCUAAUUACCUGGUGGUGAAAGCGUACCAGUACACCACUCUCACCAGUAUCCAGUUGCUGGACUGUGUGACCAUCCCUGUGGUGCUGGUCCUGUCCUGGAUCUUCCUCCACUCCAGGUUCAAGUGGGUUCACUACGGAGGCAUCGCUGUGUGUCUGCUGGGGGUUGGCAGUCUGGUAGGGGCCGACCUGCUCAGUGGGAGGGACCAUGUUGGAGGUGAUGACAAACUGCUAGGGGACAUGUUGUGUCUGCUCGGUGCUGCACUCUACGGUGUGUCUAAUGUAGCGGAGGAGUAUGUCGUACGUCACUUCACUCGGGUGGAGUUUCUCGGCAUGCUGGGAUUGUUCGGAAGUGUUAUCUGUGGGCUCCAGCUUGCUAUCUUGGAAAGACAUGAACUGGCAACAAUCCAGUGGUCAUGGCAAGUGGGGCUGCUGUUUGUCGGGUUUGCUGUGUGCCUGUUUGCGCUGUACACCAUCUUCCCUACAGUCAUCAAACUCAGCAGUGCCGUGGUGGUGAACCUGUCCAUCCUCACAGCUGAUCUCUACACUCUCUUCAUUGGACUAUUCCUCUUCCACUACACGUACCAUGGACUAUAUUUCCUGGCCUUCAUACUGAUUGUGGCUGGUGUAGUGGUCUACUCUACAAAACCUACAUCGGAGGCCCCCCCCAGGAACUACGAGGCCAUGCCUGGAGAUAGCACCACCAGGGAGGAGGAUGACCCAGCCAGUCAUCAGCCCCUGACUGUGAGUCAGGACCUGGAGCAGGACAGGCUGGUGGACGAUCAGGAGCGGAGACACAGGGAUGCCACCAGGACACUAGCUCAGGACCCCAGGGGAAGUCCCGUAGAUGUCAUGGUAUAGGGGUUAAAUACUGUCAAUGUACAUAAGUUUGCAGUCACAUUGUACUUCUCCCUUUUUCUGUACUUCUCCCUUUUUUGAGAAAGACCUCAACACAAACUCAAAACUGCUGAGAAUUUUUUUUGUCUUCUGUUCACCUUCCCCCUAAUGUUAAAGCACAACACGUACCUACUAUACAUUUUACAGUAUUAUGAUAUGUUGGAGGCACGUCAUGUCGGUGACGCACAAAAAACUAGCUAGGCACAUUGAUUAUGCCUGCACUACCAAAAGUGACUGUACUGUCCAUCUGUAACACCCUUGCCCUAUUGCUAGUAUGGUUUCUGACUAAGUUACUGUCCACAAAGGCACCAGUGUCUCUAUUAGUGUAGCCUUAUGUGACUAAAGCAAUAACACAAACUCAAAACCACUUUGAACACUCCAGUUUAUCCCUAUUGUGAAAUUAAAUUACUGCAACGUAAAUGCAUUUAUACUAGAAGUAUGGACUGUAGUGUCAGGUUCCAUUGUGGUUUUUGUUCAUUAGAAAAAAUUCUACAUUGAAAGUACUGAAUACGUGAUUGAGGGCUAUCUGUACCCUACACUUCAAGUCGCUUGCUUAUUUUGUCUCUACCUAACAGUAGGUGGAAAAAUGGGAUUAUAUUAUUACAGUUUGAUUAGAUUUAAAGAUAUACAUUAUACUCAAGUCAGUCUCAAAUAAGAAAAUGUGAUAAGACUUUGGAAUUUUACCUUUUUUUUUUCUUUUUUCAUGAAAGCACAGGAGCUAAAGUAUACUAAAGUCACUACUGUUAAUGUGGAAGUUUGAAACAGGUGUCACCUUGUGUGAGAACAUGCACAUAUGUGGAUCUGUAAUUUUGAAUGCAUGUCUCAGCUGUACAGCAGCCCACAAUACUAUAAGACUUAGUAUAAUUAUUACUUUAAACCCCUAUUGUCAAGCAAUGAUUUUCUUAUAUAGUUUUUUUCAAACUUUAGCAUUUUAAAUAUGCUUGUAUCAAUUAGACAGUUUGUUUCUGCUUUUUUAUUUAUCUUAAAUUGGCAUUGGGGCUUAAGUCUAGAUGUUGAUGAAACAACUUUAAACUUAAAGUUUAUAGAAUUAUGUUGGAAGUAGAAAAACGUCUCUCUCGGCUUGGCUUCGCGAACGAAGAUCAUCUUGGAAAAAUGUAAAGAUGUAGAAAAUAUGUUGUAGAGCUUCAAACUACAUUUGAUUUUCAUCUCUUAAAAUCAUUCCAUUUGAAAACUACUGUAUAGUUGUAGUGGAUAUAGAAGAAAAGAUUAAACAAAGCCAAAAACAUUUUAAUCUAUCUUUAAAGUGUAUUUCACUGGAGCAUAAACAAUGUGCAAGAUGGACAUCUUUCGUUUCUUAUGUUUUGAGCAGUUUGAUGUUAUGAGAUCAAAAUGGACUCUACUUUUUUGAUAAUGUGCUAUGUUACAGCUACAAUGAUGACCUGUUUUUAAAAUACAUAUCACUAACUUCGUUUGAAGACAAAUAAGUCAUAUUCUAGUUGAAUCUGUUCUCAUUACUUCAGGUUCUGUUUAAUCAAGGAGUCCAAAUUCAUUAAAUGGUAAAACACUCUGUGCAAGGUUUGUCAUUGCCUGUAUUCUGCUUGUGUCAAACUACAUAAGUAUGUACAAGGUCCAUAUGUGUGUGUCCUGUCUACCUGUUGUCCUGUAAAAGACGUGAACAACAUUGAUAUUGCUUAGUUUUCUUUCUUGAAGAAAUUUCAUAGAGUUAAUAUUCCUGUAAUAUUUUCAUUGUUGUAUUCAUUCUUGGUACAUUAAAGUACCAGUAUGAAAAGUU